GUUGCUUUAUACCCGCACAUGAACAUUGAAGAGGUUAAGAUGAAGGUAGUCGAGGUUACUGGAUCAUAUAUAAACGUUCUCUGUACUCUGGUAGGGUUGCUGCUGUCAUACUUGAAUGUUCGCCUCCAUGAUGAGGACGAUGAGGCACCAUUAUUCGAAGUCGAAGCUGUUGAGGUUUUGGUGGCGUCAUGCUUGACGCCACUGUUGUUGCCACCAAUAUUGUUGUUUGUAUUUGGUUCGGCCUUCUUAACAGCAACAUGAUGAGAAACGAACCCUGAGGCGGCAACAAAGUGCGAUACCGCAAUAGCUGACGAUGGAGCAGUCGUUGUUGCUGUUACUACUUUUGUGCUCGAGCUUGUCAUGGUAUAGUGGUUGUCUUCUAUUUCCUCUUGUUCUUGUGUCUUUUCGUUUCGCUGUUUCUUUGACACUUGAAUAUCAUGCUGUAAAGGGCUGCCAGAAGGCUCUUUGCGUUUCCCUGUGGAGUAUGAUACCGUAGUAGUUGAUGAUGAGGUAGCCAGCAUUGUUAUUGUGGUGCUUGUCAUGUUAUAUUGGUUAUCUUCUAUUUCUUCUUCUCCCUGUGUCUUUUCAUUUCGUUGUCUCUUUGAGCUUUGAAUGUCACGCAGAGUAGGGCUGCCAGAAGGUUCUUUGCGUUUACCAAUGGAAUGCAUUUUUUUUUUCUGAAUGAACUAUUGGGAAUUCAGUUGGUAGAGAAAGGAAAAG